CUGUAUAAAAGUUGCUUCACAUGGAAACAUUACGCAGUAUGUUCUCUGCAAACUCAAGCUUUCACCAUAAUCUCCACCACCAACUGCAGUAACCAGCCAUGGAAACACUUCCCUUGUUGACAUACUCUCUCUUCUUCCUCCUUUCUCUUCUCAUCAUUUUCAAACUUUUCUUCCAAACAAACCACAAAAACCUUCCACCAGGCCCACCACCUCUUCCAAUAAUCGGCAACCUUAACCUCCUCGAACGCCCCCUCCACCGUUUCCUACACCGCAUGUCCCAAACACACGGCCACGUCUUCUCCCUCUGGUUCGGUUCCCGUCUCGCCGUCAUCGUUUCAUCGCCCUCCGCCUUCCAAGAAUGUUUCACCAAAAACGACGUUGCCUUGGCCAACCGACCUCGCUCCCUCUCCGGAAAGCACAUCUUCUACAACUACACCACCGUGGGGUCCUGCUCCUACGGCGAGCUCUGGCGCAACCUCCGCCGCAUCACCUCCCUCGACGUUCUCUCCACGCAGCGCAUCCAUUCCUUUGCCGGAAUCCGCAAGGACGAAACCGAUAGGGUGAUCCACUCCCUGGCCAAGGCCUCGCGCAUGGAAUACGCGCACGUGGAGAUGAGUUCCAUGUUCCACGACAUGACUUAUAACAGCAUGAUGAGAAUGCUCUCGGGGAAGAGAUACUACGGAAAGGAGAUUCAGGCGAAGGAUUUGGUGAAGGCGAAGGAGUUCAGAGAGACGGUGGAGGAGUUGCUGCAACUGGCGGGAGUGUCAAACAAGGCAGAUUAUUUGCCCUUCCUAAGGUGGUUCGAUUUUCAAAACCUGGAGAAGAAGCUGAAGAGUAUUAACAAGAGAUUCGAUACGUUCUUGGAUGAACUCAUUCACGAGCAACGCAACAAGAAGGAGAGGGAGAAUACCAUGAUAGAUCAUCUUCUCUCUCUGCAGGAAUCACAGCCUCAAUAUUACAGUGAUCAUAUCAUCAAAGGCCUUGUUCUGGCAAUGCUGUUCGCGGGCACAGAUUCUUCUGCUGUGACAUUAGAAUGGUCACUGUCAAAUUUAUUAAACCACCCAGAAAUGUUGAAAAAAGCAAGAGAUGAAUUGGACUUUCACGUCGGAAAAGAUCGCUUGGUAAACGAGUCAGACCUUCCAAAACUGACGUACCUUAAGAAGAUAAUCCUCGAAACACUGAGGUUGCACCCUCCUGCUCCAUUGGCAAUACCACACGUGUCCUCGGAAGACGUCAUCAUUGAAGGAUUCAACGUUCCACGAGACACCAUAGUGAUGGCUAACAUCUGGGCCAUGCACAGAGACCCUGCCAUGUGGACUGAAGCGACAAGUUUCAAACCGGAGAGGUUUGAUGAAGAAGGAUCGGAGAAAAAGGUGAUUGCGUUUGGAAUGGGAAGAAGGGCUUGCCCAGGAGAAGGUUUGGCUAUGCAAAACGUUGGAUUAACUUUGGGAUUGUUGAUUCAGUGCUUUGAUUGGAAACGAGUGAAUGAGGAUGAGAUCGAUAUGAGAGAGGCAAACUGGUUCACCUUGUCGAGAUUAACUCCAUUGAAUGCCAUGUGUAAAGCUCGACCACUUGUUAACGAUAUCAGCUUCAACUAAUGACGUUCAUCAGUGGAUGAUCUAUAUAGUUUUCUCUGUACUUUUUGUGUCAACUUCGUGUCCAA